CUGUUGAAAUGGCUGCUUCCAUAGGAGAACCUGUCGUGCUAGCAGAUGAUAUCAAGGAUAAUAAUAUCCUUAAUGUUGAUACAUGUAUUACAGAGAGCGAUGUAAUUGUUACUCAGAGUUCUAACUUGAUCAAUACAUACAAGAUUGAUGACCAGAAAGCUACACAGAGCUGGUCAACAAAACACAAUGAGCACAUUACAAGUCCUGUAAUAUGGAGUGAACAUGACCAGAAAUUUAUCACUGUUAUCAAUGAGAGGACUGUUAGAGCAUGGGAUCAACAUGAACAGAACUUUGAGAAGUCAGCCACUAAAAAUGCUAAAUGUCCAAUACAGAAGAUCCUUCCAGGUAACACUACAGAACCAGUCGUGGUGUUUAAGAAUGGAGCUGUGACCUUUCUCAGUAAGGUCAAGGACAUAAAAGAAGGUCUCCUAAGUGAUAAAGAUGAGAUUCUGUUCUGUGAUCUGGUGAAGAUAAAUUCUGAUCUAUGUGUACUCUGUCUGUUGCGACAAGAGAACAGUUUGCAGUUGAUGAGUCAUUGGUACAGGAAUGAGGAAUGGAUUCGACACUCUGAAUCUGUCACGAUGCCAGUAAACACAGAAUUUGUCUGCUGUCAUACUAGUGCUGGUAGAGAUAGCAUCAAAUUAUAUAUCCUGUGUUUAAAUGGUGAUUUGUUAUGUCAGACUCUGUCAUUUCAUCAAUCUUCAUCACAAGUGUUACAGAACAUCCCUGGAGUCACCAAGGCAACAAAAAUGGUGGCCCUCAAUUCAACUCACAUAGUGCUAGCUGGUUGUGUCAAAGAUAAUCAAGAGAUAAUUGGAAUAUUUGACAUAAAAUUUGGAACAUAUGAAACUUGGAAGAAUCUACCAGCUUCAAGGAAAUCAACCAUUAAACUGUUUGUUCUACACGAACAUCUCUUUGUGCUGUGCCACAGGACCCUGUAUAUGUAUUCCUACUCCUGUCAUCCUUCCACAUUAUCUAGUAUCUUAGGUCACCAAAAGGUCGAUGUGCAUAUUCAACAUGACCCAGCUUCCCCUGGACCUUUGACCUGGUCUAAAUCGAAGUCACCCUCACCAAACACUGAAGCUAACAAACUGUUUUCAGAGUUGCAAAAUAUAUGCACUUGCAAGACACAGAAGGAAUUUGAGAAGAAAUUUUCAAACCUUCUGAAAAGUCACGGGGAUGAUGCCAGCAGUGUGAUCAGUGAGACUUCCACUAUGGAGCAGCUUGUCCAGAGAUGUGUGUCUGAUGAGAAGUUCUGGCCUCACAGCAUUUUAGAACAGCUUCUUAUUCACAGACUGUUGCCCAGUAGAUGCAUUAAAGACAUAGCAGAGGGCCUAGUGAAACAUGGGGACUUGACUCUGCUUUUACAAUGUCUGAAUUCUGUAGAAGAUAUUCCGGAAGAAUCUCUCUGUGUGUUCACAAAUUUUGUUCUCAGUGCUGAUGAUGCAAAGGUUUCAGAGGCAGUAAAAUUAGAUGGAUACUCAGGAACCAGCAAAAGCAGCCAGUCCUUAUCAGAGGGCAAAGGUCACAUCAUAAAUAAGAUCGUUAAAAAGUCCUACAAUGAUAUUUUCAUCAUUGAGUGUCUCCAUCAUGUUACCUUCCAAAAUGUUCUGAUGUUGCUGGAGUAUUUGUGCUACUUGCUCAAUAACCGGGAAACAAACAGCAAUGCAGCACCAGAUCUUACACAGAUUGUGAACUUUGUCUGUGUGCUGAUUGAUGCCCAUUACCAGCAGCUGGUUAUCUCCCCUGAUUCCCACCAUGUGUUGAUCAGCCUUCAUAGCACUGUGGAGAAGCAGAGGGAAUACUUUGCGGCGUUCCUGACUUUGGACGUCCUACUCUCACAGCUGAAAAGACAGUUUGCCAUUCCACGCCCUCGAACCGUAGGGAAAUACUGCAUGGAAGUCUUGCAUGUUUAUUGAAAUGAUACGAAGGACAAUGGAUGAUUUAGCUAAGCUCUUAGAUUGAAUCAGCUGCCUUAAUUAUGUAUUUGUUAUAGGUAAAAUCUAAAUAUAACAAAAGAUUGAACUAA